UCACAGUCUUGAUUUUGUUUCAAAAAUGUCUGUCCACUCACCCAAUCCUGCCCUGAUCCUGCAGAGCAAACGUUUCAAUGGACUUCGAAAUAUUCUAGAACGCGAGGGUCCCUUCUGCAAGGACGAUUUUUCAGCCUCGACAGAAAACCUGGAGUUUCUGCAAACCAAGUGCCAGGUUCUGAUUAUUGGAGCCGGCGGUCUAGGCUGUGAACUACUAAAGGAUUUGGCUCUGAUGGGUUUUGGCAACCUACACGUCAUAGACAUGGACACUAUUGAACUGUCCAACCUGAAUCGCCAGUUCCUGUUCCGACGGACUGAUAUUGGAGCCUCCAAGGCCGAGUGUGCUGCUCGCUUUAUCAACUCAAGAGUGCCCACAUGCCGGGUGACACCGCACUUUAAAAAGAUCCAGGACUUCGACGAGUCGUUUUACCAGCAAUUCCACUUGGUUGUCUGUGGCUUGGACUCAAUUGUGGCCCGACGUUGGAUUAAUGGCAUGCUGCUCUCUAUGCUCCGAUAUGAAGAGGAUGGUACAAUAGAUGCCAGCUCUAUAGUGCCGAUGAUUGAUGGUGGAACAGAGGGUUUUAAGGGAAAUGCCCGCGUCAUCCUGCCUGGAUUCACGGCCUGCAUUGAGUGCACUCUGGACCUGUUCCCGCCGCAGGUUAACUAUCCUCUGUGCACAAUAGCAAACACUCCGCGUCUGCCGGAACACUGCAUUGAGUACGUGAAGAUCAUUCAGUGGGACAAACAGAGUCCGUUUGGUGUGCCCCUUGAUGGCGACGACCCCCAGCACAUUGGCUGGGUCUAUGAACGGGCUCUAGAGCGGGCCAACGAGUUCAACAUCACUGGAGUCACCUAUCGCUUGGUACAGGGCGUCGUCAAGCACAUUAUUCCCGCCGUGGCCAGUACGAAUGCUGCCAUUGCCGCCGCCUGCGCACUCGAAAUCUUUAAGUUGGCCACCAGCUGCUAUGAUAGCAUGGCUAACUAUCUAAACUUCAAUGAUCUGGACGGAAUCUACACCUACACCUACGAGGCUGAGAAGUCGGAGAACUGCUUGGCCUGCAGCAACACCCCGCAGUCACUGCCCAUAGAGGAUCCCAACACCACCACUCUGGAGGAUGUCAUAAAGAUGCUGUGCGAUUCUCCACGCUUUCAGCUUAAGAACCCGGCUCUUACUACUGUGAUGAAGGAUGGCAAGCGGCGGACUUUGUACAUGUCCACGGUUAAAAGCAUUGAAGAGGCCACUCGCAAGAAUCUGACACAGUCGCUCGGCGAACUGGGCCUAGAGGAUGGUCAGCAGCUAACGGUCACUGAUGCCACAUCACCCACUGCUAUGACUUUGCAGCUAAAAUACCAGGUCAAUGAAGUGGAAAUGGUUUGAGUUGUAUCACAGUUGAUAACAAUUUUAAUUCACAAAACAUGUAUGUAAAUAAAAAGGCAGGCUCAGCCUCCAAUUAUGCAUCUAAA